AGAGAGAGAGAGAGAAAGAACGAGAAAGAGAACUGAAGGGAGUGGAGUGCGCGGUUGUCCGGGCGGCCAUUGCGGGUACCUUGUCGAAAACCGCGAAGACGAUAAAGUGCAUUGUGUUAGGCGGAUUAAAAUCCAGAAGAAUCAAGAGUCAUCCUCGUAUCAAGGUGCUCCGUGUGAAGCCCGGUACGCGCACGAAACUCCGGUCCGAUGGCUGAGACCGACAAGUUAAACAUUGACAGCAUCAUAGGUCGAUUGUUAGAAGUACGAGGUGCUAGACCAGGAAAAAAUGUACAAUUGUCCGAAGGAGAAAUUCGGGGACUUUGUCUCAAAUCCCGUGAAAUUUUUCUGUCACAGCCUAUUUUGCUAGAACUUGAAGCACCGCUUAAAAUAUGUGGUGAUAUUCAUGGUCAAUAUUACGACUUAUUGCGACUUUUUGAAUAUGGUGGAUUUCCACCCGAAAGCAAUUAUCUCUUUUUAGGAGAUUACGUUGAUAGAGGAAAACAAUCUUUAGAAACCAUUUGUCUUCUUCUUGCCUAUAAGAUCAAGUACCCUGAAAACUUUUUCUUACUCAGAGGUAACCAUGAAUGUGCUUCUAUUAACAGGAUAUAUGGAUUUUAUGACGAAUGUAAACGCCGAUACAACAUUAAGUUGUGGAAAACUUUUACGGAUUGCUUCAAUUGUUUACCUGUUGCUGCUAUUGUCGAUGAGAAAAUAUUUUGUUGUCAUGGUGGUUUGAGUCCGGAUCUUCAAAGCAUGGAACAAAUCAGACGUAUCAUGCGACCAACGGAUGUGCCAGAUCAAGGACUUCUUUGUGAUUUAUUAUGGUCUGAUCCAGAUAAAGAUACUAUGGGUUGGGGUGAGAAUGAUCGUGGCGUAUCUUUCACAUUUGGCGCAGAAAUAGUUGCUAAAUUUUUACAUAAACACGAUUUUGAUCUGAUAUGCCGUGCACAUCAGGUGGUUGAAGAUGGCUAUGAAUUUUUUGCAAAGCGACAAUUGGUAACUCUAUUUUCGGCUCCAAAUUAUUGUGGCGAAUUUGAUAAUGCUGGUGCCAUGAUGUCGGUAGACGAGACGCUCAUGUGCAGUUUCCAAAUUUUAAAGCCAGCAGAUAAAAGGAAAUUCACUUAUGGCGGUCUGAAUGCAGGACGACCGGUAACACCUCCACGAGGUGCAAAUAACAAAAAUAAGAAGAAGUGAAAUUAUUAGAAUGGUUUUUGGACGCAAAAAACUUAGGAUCUAUCUACCGUUUCCCACGUCCGUUAUUUUUUGUUUUGUUUUUUUUUUGUUUUUUUUUUUUUGUUUUUUUUUGUUUUUUUUUUGACAUUUGGAAUUCUUAUAAAUGCGAGUUGCUAUUAAUUCAUUGUGAAACAUAGGGAGUUCAUUCAAAAGAAAAGAAAAAGAAAAACAAAAAAAAAAAGAAAAGAAAAGAAAAAAAAAAGCAAUGACUACUUAACAAAAUGGUAGGUAUAAUCCGGAGAGGCGUUGCUCGUUAUUCGCAAGAGAUUUGAAAAAAAAUAAUGAAAGUAAUUCAGUUACGGUAAAGUAGAAUCUAUCGAUCGGAAAUUGAUUUUUGUGUGUACGUAUGCACGGUCGACUUAAAUAUGGAAUAAUAAACAAACAAAAAAAAAAUAUAUAUAUAUGUUAUAAGAAAAGGCACGAAUUAUCGAGCAGGUAAAAAAAAAGGAACAAAAAUAAUAAACACCGGGCAUAAAGGACGAAAAAUUUGAUUAAAAUGACGUAGAUCUUAUAAUACUAAUAAUAAUAAUAAUAAUAAUAAUAAUAAUAAUAAUACUAAUACUAAUAAUAAUAAUAAUAAUAAAUAAAUAAAUAAUAAUAAUAAUGAUAAUAGCUAUCACUCGUUCGAUAAAACGAUCUCUGAACUGUAAUAUUUAGCACUCUUGCAGCUUUUAUAUAGUUCUGUCAAAACUGUGACAUCAAAUUAUAUAUACAUAUAUAUAUAUUAUUUUGUUUCGCUUAAAUUUCAUUUGUAAUAACGCGAUACGACCACAAAAAAAAAAAGAUAUCUGGCAAUUUUAUUAUAGCAAAAUAAUAUACGAUAUGUAAGCGCGAUAAUAUAUUAUUAGUGACUGCCUAUGAUCGUAAACUAUCGACUGUAAUACGUCCAUACGAAUCUUGUACAAAGUAAUAUUAUUAUAAUCGAAGCUCAACGUUUCUCUGAAAGAAAAUAAAAAGAACGCUCGCACAAACUUCAUAAAACAGAUUGGUAUAAAUGAAUCAAUGGAUUUGCGUAAUGAACGUCUUUAUAUAUAUAUAUAUAAAAAAAAAAGAAAAAAAAGAAAAAAAAAAUAAAUAAACAAAAAAAAAAAAAAAGAAAAAAAAA